AUGGUUCGUGAAGUAAUGUUUUGGUCUUCUAUGGGAAAUCACAUUGAAGAUGUCAUUUUCAAAAGCAGUAUUUGUGCCACUCAUCAGCGACAAAACCCAAGAGAAAGUCUUAUUUCUCAGAAAAUACCAGACAGACCUUGGUCUAAAAUAGCCAUGGAUUUGUUUGAAUUCGAUGGACACCAGUAUCUUAUAUCAGUGGACUUUUAUUCAAAAUGGCCAGAGAUAGCAAAACUAGAUCAGCCGAACUCAGGCUGUGUGAUUCGUCAUCUGAAGAGCCAACUCUCUAAAUACGGCAUACCAGACGAAGCCAUCUCAGAUCAUGGACCCCAAUUCGCAAGUGCGGAGUUUAGAAAAUUUGUACAUGAUUAUGAAUUUCGUCAUGUGACAUCAAGUCCCCAUUACCCACAAUCUAAUGGACAAGUGGAGCAGAUGGUUCUGCUCGAAAAAGCAAAGGAUCCUUACAUGGCAAUAUUAGACUACAGGAACACACCUCUGGAAGAACUUGGAUUAUCACCAGCUCAGUUAUUCCUAGCCAGACGACUCAGAACAAAGUUACCUGUAUCAGCAACACUUUUAAAACUACAGAAUGCUGAAUUCGUCAAGGAGAGUCUAAAGACUCGCCAAGCCAGACAGAAAAGAAAUUUUGAUAAACAUUUUCCAAAAUCUGACUUGAAACCAUUGAUUCCUGGAGAGAAGAUCAUGGUCAGACACAACUAUCAAUGGAUACAUGGAUUCGUUGCAUAG